CGUCAGAGGGAGUGCAUACCACCCCGAAGCAGCAGCAGAGUCGUGUGUUGGACUUUACUGAGUGACAGACAGAGGUCAACCCCACCCAACCUCAGCAGCAGAUAGCAUGGCUACAGCGAGCAGCUCAGGGCAGAGCACCUUCGGGCUCGGCAGGAAAAAGAAGAACCCCGGACUCAUGGAUCAGAUUAGCAAAUUCUUUGGAGGAGACAAAAAGAAAAGGAGCAAGGGGUCGUUCCGGGGUCACCUGGCCUCCUCACCCCAGCAGUCCUCUUCUCGCCGCCGGACCAAUGAAAACGCUGUGGUGCAUUUCUUCAGGAGCAUUGCCUCGUCGCCGCGUGCCGAGAGCACAAAGUCGCCGGUCAGAAGACGCAGAGACCAAAGCACACUGUCCAGAAUCUUCAACCUGUGAUGCUCUCACCAGAGAUCAGGAGAUAAGUCCCGUCCACCCCCCAAACGCUGGAGCACCAUCUUCUAAGCUCUCCGCCAAAGACCAGUCCACAGAUCCAACACCAACGACGGGACGAGACGAAGGAGGAGAAGCAGAUCUGCAUGCGGCGGGCUCACAACCUCAAGAAGAUGUUAACUCACUAACACAAGCCUCGUGUUUCUUUAGACAGUGACACAACAUUGACAAAAUGUAAAAUCCACUCUCCAGGGAUGUAGGUUGUCACCGUGCCAGUCUUCUUUUUUAAUCCUACUUCUAAGGGUAUCUUGUCUUAGUCAUUACAAGAGGUUCAGUCAUGCUUUCAGUAAAUUAUCCUGUAAGAAUCACCCAUUCGAGUAUCUUGGUCUGAUGGUGCUAGUGUCUGCUGUCUGCUGUCUGAGGUUUGUUCAUGGCAGAUGUUUGUUUUUCUCUUUGUCUCCUGUCGACUCCAUGUGUCUCGUUGCUUCCUAGAAACGCAGCUCACACACCGAACAAACCGUCAUUUCUGUUUCAUACGUGAAAAUCCAGAUGGAGAGUGGUUCUGUUUGUGCUUGAGUGAAACGCAUGUCGCUGAGAAAUGCAUUUGAAAAUACAACUGGGAACCUGUAAGAGUAGCAUGGGCGCUAAUCUUGUUUUGAGUAACAGUUUUUGUUUCUUUACGCAUCAGUGUAAUUAAUAAACAUGUACAGUAUGAUGCUGUCAAAUGCCCUUUUUAAAUGCACUGUUACAUAACAGAAAACGGUCUGCUGUCUUUCCCAUAUCGUAGCUUUUCUCAUUUAUUGUAAUUAUCUGUUUGCAUCUUAAAUUAAGUUUGAAGUUUUAAUGUUAUUUGUGUUUUGUUUAAAAGGUGGCACAGGUUUGUUUUAAUUGAUGGUCAGAUCGUAAGUGGUUCAGUGGUAGAAGGCGGAAGCAGCCAGAAGGCCUGAGGAGUUUCAGUACUGAAGGACAGGAUGUUGAUUUCAAGUGUUUAUUUUGUUCAUAAUGAAUGACAUUGCCGCUCUCAUUUGUAUGUGAUCUGUUUGUAAGUUCGCUUCAACUGUGUAGUCAGAAACACUGUAAAGGUGGUGCUACAGGAGUGUUCUGUUUCCUCUCUAUGUAAAAGUGAAUGUUCAGCCUAACUGGAAAAUAAACAACAUUUGUCAUCUCUUAGUUAAGACUCAUUAAAUGUUUUAAAAUCUG